GGAGCUGAAGUUACCGAGAGCGGCCGCGGGAGCUCGACACGAUCCGCGGGGCGAUAAUCAACCACAACGGGGAGAAAAGCGCUUAUUUAACCGAACAGACCCUGACCGACCGGCAAUCAGUUUAACGACCAUCACACAGUCUACCGACAGUCGCCGCGUUGUUCAUUACAGGCCUCCGUCGCUUUGGAUCGGACUCAAUGUCGCUCCUGUUCGGCCGCUUGAGCUCGACGCCUUCUGCCGCAGGUUUACUUCAUUUCAGAGACAUCAUUUAAGGGAUAAUGCAGGAAUAAAACCGGGCACAGUCGGGAAAUGUCGGACAUGUCGUCAGCUCGUGAAGCUAAACAUCGACUGAAGCGGACUGACACCAAGAAACCUGACCCAUAUUGAGAUCCUGAGCUCGAGCAUCUGGACCAGAACCAAAUAUUACAUCGAAACUAAAUCUUGUUUAUAAACACAGACGACAACCGAGAGACGCCACACAGCAGGUUUUGAGACCUUUAGUUUUAUUUUAAGAUAUGCGAGGAAGUGUAUUAUACAUAUUAAAUGAAGUAUAAUCGCUCAAACUCCCAACCAGCAUGGAGAAAAUGCGUUUAUAAGCUGUUUAUCGAAACCAAAGGCAUCUAAAAUCAUGCGCUGCCUCCAAAUCUUCAUCUGCACUAACGUUAGUCAUUUCGGAUUGUUUGCUCCGUGCACAUGAGCUUGAACUUCGGUCGAUAGAAAGAAGAAAGGGGGAACAGAAAAUCUAGUUACUGGAACUUUUUUUUGGAGCUGAAUCCAUCCAGAAGCGGCAGCAGGAUGAGAGUGCGGAUCCUAAACCGGACAUCAGUACUGUCACUCGGGCUCUGCUCACUGCUUCUGCUCAGUGCUGUGGCCGCUGCUCAGAGUGAAGAGCGCGAGCGGGAGUGUGCUUUUAAUGACCAGCACCAGCAGGUGGAUGAGCAGAGUGUGGCAGGUGACUGGCACAUCACCAGAGAAAAUAACACCAUCCUGUGCAGCAAGAGCAGCCGCUGCUACGGCCUCUGGGAGAAAACACAUGACGGAGAGAUCCGUCUGGUCAAACAAGGCUGUUGGACUUACAUUGGUGACCAGCAGGACUGCCAUGACGACCGUUGCGUGGUUACCACAACGCCAUCGCAGAUCCAGAAUGGCACCUACAGAUUCUGCUGCUGCAGCACCAACAUGUGCAACGUCAACUUCACAGAGAACUGGGUGCCCAGUCCCACCAGCACUGCCAACCGUGAUCAGCCGCCUAUACACAGAGAUGAGGCCAUCUUCAUCGCCCUGGCCUCCGUCUCCAUUGUGGCCGUCCUUAUUGUCGCGCUGUUCUUUGGCUAUCGUGUGAUGAUGGGCGAGUGUAAACAGGGCCUGCACAAUAUGGACAUGAUAGAGGCUGCGCCAUCUGAACCUUCGCUGGAUUUAGACAGUUUAAAGCUCCUCGAACUGAUUGGCCGAGGCCGCUACGGUUCCGUCUACAAGGGGUCUCUUGACGAACGGCCGGUUGCAGUAAAAGUUUUUACCUAUGCCAACCGGCAGAACUUUGUGAAUGAGCGCUCCAUCUACCGAGUGCCUCUUCUGGAGCAUGAAAACAUUGCUCGCUUUAUCGUCGGCGAUGAGCGGAUGACCACUGACGGACGCAUGGAGUACCUGCUGGUCAUGGAGUACUACCCUCAUGGCUCGCUGUGCCGCUAUCUGAGUCUGCACACGCUGGACUGGGUGAGCUGCUGUCGUCUGGCUCAUUCACUGACCAGAGGACUGGCCUAUCUGCACACUGAGCUCCUGAGAGGAGAUAUAUACAAACCUGCCAUUUCGCACCGGGAUCUAAACAGCCGGAAUGUUCUAGUGAAGAACGAUGGCACCUGUGUGAUCAGCGACUUCGGUCUGUCUAUGAAGCUGACUGGAAAUCGUCUGGUACGGCCUGGAGAAGAGGAAAACGCCGCCAUCAGUGAGGUGGGCACGAUCCGCUACAUGGCGCCGGAGGUGCUGGAGGGAGCCGUGAACCUCAGGGACUGCGAGUCUGCAUUGAAACAGGUGGACAUGUACGCCAUCGGCCUCAUCUACUGGGAGACCUUUAUGAGGUGCACUGACCUUUUUCCAGGAGAGACAGUGCCAGAAUACCAGAUGGCUUUCCAGGCCGAGGCGGGAAACCACCCGUCCUUUGAGGACAUGCAGGUGUUGGUGUCCAGAGAGAAACAGAGACCCAAGUUCCCAGAAGCCUGGAAGGAGAACAGCCUGGCUGUGCGCUCUCUAAAGGAGACUAUGGAGGAUUGCUGGGAUCAGGAUGCAGAGGCUCGUCUGACAGCGCAGUGUGCAGAGGAGCGUAUGGCAGAACUGCUGCUGAUUUGGGAAAGGAACAAACCUGUCAGUCCCACCAUCAAUCCCAUGAGCACAGCGCUGCAGAACGAGAGGAAUCUGACCCACAGCCGCAGGGCUCCCAAAAUGGGCUCUUACCCAGAUUACUCUUCAUCCUCUUACAUCGAGGAUCAUGAGGGCAUGGUGAAGAACCUCCCAGGCGACGUCUCCACGUCUGGCACUUCCUCUGUGGGUGGUGUGGGCGUGAGUGGCAGCAGUGGGGGCGUUGCAGCGACCGGAGAGAAGAACAGAAACUCCAUCAACUAUGAAAGACAGCAAGCUCAGGCGCAAGCUCGACUGCCCAGUCCUGAAACCAGCGGCACAAGUUUGUCCACCACAACCACCACAACAGGCCUCACACCCAGUACCAUCAUGACCACCAUCUCCGAAUCGGGCCACUCGGAGGACACAGGAGCCGGAGGAAGUGUACCAGUGUGCCUUCAACUCACAGAGGAAGAUCUGGAGACCACCAAACUGGACCCCAAAGAGGUGGACAAGAACCUGAAAGAAAGUUCUGAUGAGAAUCUGAUGGAGCACUCGCAGAAACAGUUCAGCGCCCCUGAUCCACUCAGCUCGGGCAGCACCAGUCUUUUAUACCCACUGAUUAAACUCGCAGCAGAAGUGACUGGAGGAUCUGGAAGUGGUGGACAAACUGAUUUCGGGGUGGGCAGCAGUGGAAUGAGCGACACUCCCACAGCCAUGUUUCCUCUCCCCAAACAGCAGAAUCUCCCCAAGAGGCCCACUAGCUUACCCCUCAACACCAAAAAUCCUGGUAGGGAGUCUUCGUCGUCUCGAUUGAAAUUCGGGAAGCACAAGUCCAACCUGAAGCAGGUGGAGACAGGUGUAGCCAAGAUGAACACUGUGGUGGCCGUCGAGCCACACUUGGCCACCGUCACCAACAAUGGACCCAGUGUGCGCAGUGGUGCUGGAGUGGUCGUAGUAAAUGGAUAUGGAGUGGGCAAUGGUGCCAGCUCCUCUGAUGCGUUUGGAAACACGAACCCCGUCGGGCCACAGGGUGAAGGGGGCGCUCCUCUGCUGCAGAGCCAACUGAGCGGAGAAGACAGCCGACUCAACAUCAACAUCAACUCCAGCCCUGAUGAACACGAGCCCCUGCUAAGAAGAGAGCAGCCGGCCGCGCGGGAUCACUCCGGUCGCACCAACUCCAACAACAACAACAGCAACAUUCACACCACUGCCACGGUUUGUGCGCUCACCGCUGCAGACGCCCAGAUAGAGGCUUUAACCUGCCUGUCGGGAGCGCCAGACGGAAGGGAUAAUGGGGUUCCAUUGAGGCCACCUAAACCCAGAAGACCAGAGCGGCCAAACUCACUGGACCUGUCAGCCUCUUCCCAGAAUUCUUCUCUUUUAGAUGAGGCCGUGUCGCAGGAGGGAAAGGCCGGAUCAGCUGAGAAGAUUAAAAAACGUGUGAAGACUCCUUAUUCGUUGAAAAGAUGGCGUCCUUCCACAUGGGUCGUCUCCACUGAUACACUAGAUGGAGAGGUGAACAACAACGGGCACAGCCAGCAGACGAUGAUGGCAGUAAGUGGAGGUGGUCACCCAAGCGCUGGCCAAUCAAAGUCCAGCAUCGCCGUGUUUUUGGUCGGCGGAGGAACAGCAACAGCUACUCUGACCUCCGAUCCUCCAGAUAUGACCUGCCUGUGAACUCGCAUGAGGAUGAGCU